CAAGAUAGCAGCCGUCGUAACGCCAUCCCCAUUCUGUAUACGAGCGGUACUCACUAUGAUGUGGGAUACGAUGUUGGACGAACCUUCCGCGGAAUAAUCGAGGACUUCCUGGCGUCCUUCAAGGAGCUGCACAAGAGUCUCUUGCCGGCCUACGAGACCACCGAGGGCAAGGCAGCCUACGACCUGACUCUCGCCUCCCUGCAGGAGAACUUCCCUCAGUAUGUCAGGGAGCUGCAGGGAACAGCUGACGGCGCUCACGUCCCCUUCCACCACUUGAUGCUUCUCCACAUGGACCAGAUCGUGCCUAUGAACUCUGGUCAGGAACGAUCCUCUGGCACCAACGGCUGCUCCUCCGUCUGCGUUAACCACGAUGGACAGGUAUUACUGGGCCACACAGAGGACGCCCUACCGGAUACACUCAACCAUGUGUAUCUCGUGUCGGCGCACAUCACGGAGGAGGAGCCUCAGGGGAAGUGGGGCACACGUAGCGAAGGCUUCACGGCAUUGUGUUACGCUGGUCAUCUGCCAGGCUUCUGUAUGGGAUAUAACCACCAUGGUCUCGUCUUCUCCAUCAAUAUCAUCAGCCCUCAGAAGGUCCUCGCUGGCAAGACCCCUCGUCACUUCCUAUGUCGGGCAUUGCUGUCGUCCAAGACGAUGGAGAAGGCCCAACAGAUCCUGCGUGACCGAGGAACGGGGUCAGCCGACGGGUUCAGUGUCAACAUGAGUUUCACCCGCCAGGAGGGAGACCAUCUCUUCCACAACGCCGAAGUUGGCCCCGUUCAGGACACGGAGGAGAGCGAGCUGUCUAUCCUCACUCUCAGCCCUGGGGAGCACCUGUUGCAUACUAACAAGUACCUCCGGCUGAGCAUCCCAGAAGACGAUGGGUUGUGUAUGGCCAGCAGUAAUCACCGCCACACCCGCGCCCACGACUGUUGUCCUCCGGAGACACGCACUGCUCUCCUAGCUCUCCUCUCCGACACUCACGACACGACCUUCCCGUUCUUCAGGGAGGGCGGCGACCCGGACUUUGUUAAAACUGUCGCUCUUGGAGUGUUCGACUUGGUGGAGAAAACGUGGACGAUCUGGAUGAAGAACCCGCGAACAGCUGACCCGCUCUUGACCCUGCCUCUCCUCUUUACCUGGAGUGACUGAGCGAACGAGCGUCUUCACCUACCCUGGCCACCCGCCUUUCUCCCCUCCACCUUGCCUAUAUAUUUUCCAGCAUAUACGUCUAUUAGAAGAACUGUGUCAACACCUAAUCUACGUCUACAGAGGCGCUUAUUUCAAUACCUGUCUAUCUUCAAGAACUGCUUUAUCCUUAAAAAUAAUCCAGCGCGCGCCACAAUGCCUAUUAUGUGUGACCCCAAAACCUGCCGUAAUAUUGUAGUGUUAACACCUGUUGUGCCUGUGUGUAGUGGUUCAGUAAUCCCUAACACCUGUUUUCAUUAUGUGACGCAAGUCGGAUGCAUAGAUGGCUUGUGUGUUCUACUCUACAGAUUGAUUUUUGUUCACUGGCUAGACUUUAAAAUAAGUGAAUUUAUAUUUACGUCUUCCAUUUGGUCUUGGGCUGGUUUUUGAGAGAUGUGAGUUUGAUCUUGAAAUAGAUCAUGUGGAUGUAUAAAUAUCACCUUAAAGUGUACCGUGUGAGACGUCCACCCGGGCACUGUCUAACCCACUUAAAGUCGACCACCUCCACUCGCCCACCGCCACACUAUGCUCUAGUAAUUCAAGGGUCGGGGAACAGGGGUAAAUUACUCCAAAUGGGGUAAAUCUAAAAAUUUUGGGGGUAAUGAAAUUGAAUUUUUUUGUAUACAUAUAUACCAUAUCCAACAAUUUUAGGAGCAAAUUGUCUUUUUUUUUUUUCUUUUUUGCUGUACUAGUGUACUUUGAAGUCUGGAGGUAAUUUCAUUUUACUCAAAAUUUUUUGUGGGUAAUACCCAAAAAAGUUCCCCGACCCUUGCGAGUCUAGUUUCACAAGCACUUAAAUUUACUUGAGAAAUCGAUGUGAAAGCCAUAGAAAAUAAUAGUAAUACAGAGUGGACUUGGAUUAUUUUGUUGUAUAAGCAUCUAUUAUGGUAGGUAAAUACACAAGUUGUAUUUUUAGAAGUUGUUUGUGGUGGUGAGUAAGCAGCCACCUGCUGAAUGAAUUAUUGCCGCGCUGAAGUCUGACCGUUACUCACACACACUGCUGUGACCUUAAUUUUGGCCCAGUUGUUGGUAAAUUUAAUAAACUUCAUCCCGAGUUUAUACCUCACGAGUUUAUAUAAAGCAGCAAUAUGACAGGAUACACAGUAGCCUACACAACAGUAUACGAGUACAGUAUAUGGCAAGGCGGCCGACUUCUUGUCUUCACACACACAUUUAUAAUUUAACACUCCUGACCUGAGCCACGGUCCUCCAGGUCACUCUAGGUCACUGGUCACUAUCAAAUGUAGCCUGUAUUUAUACCACGUACCAUUAAAGUUUAUGUGCUUGUAGUAUUGUAGAGAGGUCCUAUUUCUCUGGUGUUAUGGGCACGCCUACGACCUGCUGGCGAGUGUGAUAGCUUCAGUGUGUGAGUGAGAUUGUUGGUAUUUGAGGUAAUGCGUUUUAAAUUCUCGCUGGCCAGUCAGUCAUCCCAGCUAGUCAAGAAGGAAGUCGAGUUAUUAAUAAAGUUUUGUUUUAUAGUUUAUUCCAGGUAACUUUAUUCGCCUUUAUUUAUAAAUCUCGGUAUCUCAGUCUUUAUUAAUUAACCUCACUCGUCUGUGGGUUUUUUCUAAUUGUAGAUUAAGUUUGUGAGUAAUAUUACGUAUUUUGAUCUAAACCUAAGAAAUGGGAUAAAAUAAUGGCGAUAUUUGGCAAAUCUUAUCGUUAUGUUUUUCUUAUGAUUGUUGCUGUUGUUUAAGUAAAGUGGCAAGAGCAUAUUGUAUUGCUUUUGUGAAUAUAAAUAGAGAAUGAUUUUAUAUAUAUUAUUCACCUAUAAUGUUGUCAAAAUUAGAUAUAUUGUUUAUACAAUUCCAAAUGAGUAUUACUUUGUUAAUAUCUUCCUCCUUGGUGAUACGUUGGAGCCGAAGAAAUCCUGUUUCAGUUCAAUUCAAUAAAACUGAU